AAAAUAUCAGAACAGAUUCAGUUUCAAUAGAAGAUUUAAACAGAAGACAUCUUCUCUAUGCAUUUGUUUCAUUGUUCCUUUGCUUAGUGGUCUUGGAAAUCUUCAAUGUAAUAUCGACAGUCGAGGACGAUUUAAUGAAAAGUUAUCGAAAAUCUGAAGAGAUUGAAGUUAACUUGUUUAAAUCAUAUAAUAACUAUGGAUUUGGAUUGGACAAAUUCUCGAGAAUUCAACGAUUCUUGUGGUGGAGAAGAUUCAGCUUGUUUUUUGAGGGCAAUCAGGAAAGGAUCAAGAAAUCCAUUGAAGAUGAUGAGAAAUUGAUGAAGAAGUUGGUUGAAUCUUCAAAAGCUAGAAAUGAAAACGAAGAGAAUAAUAAUAACAAUCACAACAACAACAAUAAUAAUAAUAAUAGCAACAAUAACAAUAAUAAUAUAAAUACUAUUAACAAUACACAACCCAAAGAAAAAUAUUUGCAUUUGACCAAUAGCAUGUCAUAACAAGUAAAUUAUCUCUACAUCAUAUCCAAAUUGCAACCAUAAUAUAUUUAUUUCUCUUUAUUCUCUUUAUUCUCUUUAUUUUCUUCAUUUUCUUCAUUUUCUUCAUUUUCUUUAUUUUCUUCAUUCUCUUCAUUUUAUUUGCUUGUCUCUUCAUAUUCGUCUAUAUAACUGCCACCAAUACACACACAUUACAUUGUUAGUCAGUUCUCA